UUCAGUUUAGUCGACGAACGACAACGAUACGAACACGAAUCAUUUGUUGUAGUUUCCGCGUGAAAAUUACAGAAAAGAUUCUAAAAAACAUCAACAACGAAAUCAGCAACUAGUGCAAAAUGGUAUCCGUGGAGACAGUUGGUUCUAUUUUCAUCAAGGCCCUGAAGCUGAUCAUCAACCUGGUGAUCAUCUUCCUCUAUCGCUGGGGUGAUGGUGGCGAGUUCCUGGGCAUUGGUGGCACUUGGAACCUGAACGAGGAGAAGAGCGCCGAUGCGGAAAUUGUGGCCUCGGGCGUUAUGGUUGGAUUCUUGAUCUACACAGGAUGUCAUACAAUUGCCUAUGCCUUUGGCACCACCAAGCAUAAGGGAGAGCUCUGCGACACCAUUAUGAACGUGGUUGGCUGCAUCAUGUGGAUCGCCGUGGGCGGAGUUGCUCUGCAUUACUGGAAGGGUUACAUGUCCGACGAGGGAUUCUUGUAUGUCAACUCGGAACGCCAAGUGGGCAUUGCCAUGGGUUCACUGUGCGUCAUCGAGGGUGCACUGUAUCUGCUGGAUACCGUGCUGGCCUGCAUACACUAUUCGAAGGGCGACACCGACUAUACCCAGUAAAAGUGUGACAGCAAAUGCGGGGAGGAGAAUCGCAAUCGCCGAAUAAUACAACACAUCAACAUUAUUUGUCUUUAUACAUAGAAUCGUUUUAAGUGCAAAUUAGUUUAUAUCCGCAAAUCAAGCUACUUUCGUAAGGGUCAAAUGUCGUUGUUUAAUACACUAACUGUUUAAUAUUUUCUAUUCACGCCCCAUAAUAUUUUUUUGGCAAAUACAAAUAGUUAAGACCACGCCACGGAAAAGUGCUUUUGUAAAAAAGUUGGAAAGGGAUUUUAAUGCGGAGAAAAGAGCGAAAAGUUGGAAAUGUUUUCUGAAUUAUAAUACCAAAAUUCGUUGUACGGAUAGAUUAGAUCAGAUUUCUAGAUUCCUCAUUGAUUUCUUUAUUGACAACAAAAAAUAGGUCAAGAAAUGGAUUGUGACCAAAAUCUUGGGUAUAUAAUCACGACUUAUCGCACAUAAUCGGUAAACAAAACCUUCAGCCAAUCUAAUAUUUGCUUUACAAAGAGGUUACCUUAUGGAGCACGCAACUCUAAAUAUAAUGAGUAAAUAAAUAAACAUACUAAGAGGUA